AUGAAGUAUCGUACAGAAUAUUCCUAUCCAAAGAUAAACAUACCUGCUUCAACUGCAAACAACCUGGCCACAACGCCUCUCAUGUCCAAAUCCCACAACUUCUCAACCAAUAUAACCUCAACCACCACAAACUAUUCAAAUUAUCAACAAUCAUACGUCAACGCAAAAUAUCAUACAUCCCCCAACUCAUCAGCAACUACCAACCUCGCUAAACCUGCCAGUUCAACAAGAUCAAUAAUCCCUUAUCAUUCCAGUCAAAAAUAUAUCUUUCUGUCACAAUCAGUUAUACCAAUCACGCCAACAACAGGCACAAUCUCACAAGUAUCACAAGAGGCACCAUCCACCUCCACAAUUCACAAUGCUCCAAAUAUAAUAAUACCCGAAAAUCAAUCCACCAUGCGUCCAGUAUCAGAAAUAUUGUCUCCAACCGAUUCUAAUAACUCAGAUAGCUUCGUCAAACCUCACAGCAUGAUAGCCAAGAAACAAAAAUCAAGAAAGGAAAAUAUAGAUAAUUAUGUAAAAUUCUCAAAUAUGGUUAAGAAUUUAAUUGACAACCAUAACCCAGCUUUCUCUUUAAACAGUCAGCAACUGGAACAACUUCUGGAAGAAACACAUGGAAGUAAAGAUGUCUUGAUCACAGCCAAAGAUUAUACGACAGACCCAUCGAUCAGUUUGACCAUCCUAGAAGUGAUUCAUCUUCUUCUAGAAAAAAAAGCUAAAGGACGUUGUACUAGAAUAAAAAGAAACUCGAAUCUGGCAUAA